GUUCUYUCGUUGUCUCGCGCUCCCUCGAAUCCAACAUGGCUGACCUACUCGGCGAUGACUCGCAUUACUCUGAAGAAACGCCAGAAGAUCCGGCUGCUGAAUUCUUAGCUCGAGAACAGGAUGCUCUAGCAGAACUGGGAGAAGACUUAGAAGGGGAUGCAAAUGCAGACGAGGGAGAUAACUUCGAUAUGUUAGGGGGAGGUUCUGAUCCAGUUGUAAAUGGAUUUGCUGAGAGUGAAACGUCACCCAUACAACAACCUGCUCCSAUGUCAAUACCGCAGCAAGAACCCGAAUCUGUUAGAAAAUGGAGAGAAGAGAAAAAAGAGCUACUUGAAAAAAUGGAUGAAGAAGAAAGAGCUGCCAUACAAGAAUGGCGAGAGCAAGCUAAAAAAGAACUUAAUGACUGGUACGACAGAAGAAAUGAACAACUCGGCAAAACACAAUCAAGUAAUAGGGCUGAUGAAGAAGAAUUUGUAUCAGAACGUGAUGAUCCUUCAGCGCCAGGACAUGAAUGGGAGAAAGUAUGCCGUGCAUGUGAUUUUAAUCCUAAAGGAACCAAAACUAAUAAAGAUGUGUCUCGCAUGCGCUCUAUCUUUCUUCAACUUAAACAAAAUCCACUUGUACGAGAUUAAUUACUUAUAAUAUCAAAUUUACUACAUUGUGAUGGAUUUGUACCUAGUGAACUUUCAAAGUAUAUCAGGUAACUGUAAAAUUAUACUAAGUGUACAUGUAAUAGGGUUGGCGAUAAGCUAAAAUAGGACAUUUUAGAUUUUUUUUUCAAAAUAAUUGUUUUCAAAUACUUGUUAAGUAAUUUUCACUCAGGUACUACAUAUGCUCCAACUAAUGAAGCUGUUCUUUCUGAGACUUGUGUGACGUUUUCUGUUGCAAAAGUAGGAAAAAAAUUCACUAUUUUUCAUGGAAUUGUAAGAAAGACUUUCUACAAAAAGGGUAACAAUAGUAUUAUUAUUGAGUGUUACAUAUCAUGAAACCGUCCAGCAACAGAAAUCCUCUGCAGGAAUCAAAAGCUUCAAAGUGGAUCAGUGAGCCAAAACAAACCUUACCUGGCAUCUUCCAUAUCAAUGUUGAUUUAGCUCAGUGAGAGUGUUGUUGAUCAAUAUCUAAAUUCUCCACAAAAAUCAUUCAUUUUCCAUUUAAUAGGCUUAGGAGAAUUUAGGUUUUGAUAAUGUCUAGACUUUCCACUUAAUGCUUACACAAUGCUUAUCUUUAUUGUAUGAGGAAACAGCCUAGUUUGUAAUAAAAGCUGUAAACUUGGCAUUA